AUGCAGCAGGUCUUCUUGGUCCUGGUUCCAAUGGUACUGCUGUCAAUGCGGUGGUGGGUCACAGUUUCAAUCUGCAGCUUGAGACACAGGCACCAUCCCAAGAGUGGGAUCCCAACCAAAAUCUUUGCUUUCAGUGAUUUCAUGUGUCACCCUGCACAUUAUUCCUCAUGGUCUGCUCCAGAACCUAAUGCAAAGCCUUGGCAUCCUUUCAGGUUUCAUUUGGAGUUCGACAUUGCCAAAAUCGCCCUCGAAGCGGCGCUCAAUAAUGAGCAAACGGACUGUCUCAUUGAUAUAUGCCAUCACUGCACAGUGCAGUCGGAGAAAUUCAUGUUCAAGAACCACAAGGACAUUUGCGCCAAGUGGGAUGCAGUUUCUCAGCGCCUUACAGGGUUUACAAAGGAUGUGAUUUCGAUACCCUUCGCAGAUAAAACAUGGGACUUUGAUGUCUACUAUUGCAAUCUUUGGGAGUGGGCUACUGACCUCCUCCGUGAUCCUCAUCUGUUUCCUUAUUUUCAUUUUGAUGCCCAGCGCUUGGUGAAGUUCAACCACCAGUCUUUCGAACGAUUUGUAGACGAUCCUUUUACUGCUCAAGACUUUUGGGAUGCUCAAUUGCAGCUGCCACAUAGUGCUAAGCCCCUUGCCUUCAUAUUGCAUGCUGACAAAACAAAACUAUCUAGUUUUGGAACUGCAAAAGGCUAUCCCAUUGUUGCUCGAUUAGCAAACUUACCCACCCACAUUCGCAACAGUCAAGGAAUGGGUGGCGGUUACAUUGUUGGGUGGCUUCCUGUGGUGAAGGAAGAUAAAGCCCAUGCCAGCAAGCUGGCAUGGGCUAACUUCAAGGCCACAGUAUGGCAUAAAUCCUUUGAAAGGAUACUGUCUUCGCUCGCUGCAAAAUCAAAAACUGGUCAAUGGUUGGAGUGUCUAGAUAUUGUUCAGCACUGGUUUUUCCUGCUAAUACUCAUUUUAUCUUCCGAUUUUGAGGAACAGUCAACAAUGGCGCUUACUCACAGUGUUAGGGCCUUAUGGCCAUACCCAGUCUGUCUUGUUCCCCAUGAUAAACUUUCUGAUAUGUUGCACUGCUAUCCACAGCGCACAUCUCAUGACUCAGAGGCUAUUCUAGCAACCACACGAGAAAGGGAGACUGCAGAAGAGAGGGAGGAGGUAUUGAAAGACUAUGGACUUUGUGAUGUCAUUAAUUCAUUUUCAACAGUGUCCUCUACAGAUGUGCAUCACGCAUUGUCUUGGGACAAAUUGCACUUUCACUCUGGCAGUCUAUGGUCUGAUCAUUUAUGGGUCGAGCUUCAGAAGUAUAUAAAUAACCAAAAACAUCCAAACCAGGUCAUGAAUAUCUCAUUUACUGACAACUCCAUGCAUGAAGACAUUUCGAAGGUUCUUAAUUUCUUUCACUCUACCUCACAUCUACUAAAAUAUCACUACCAGAUGAUACAAUACAUUAACAAAACAGUUGAGAGUGACAAGAACUGGAAUUUCCCGAAGUUGCACAUGGGCUUGCACAUUUUCAAUGAUGUCAAGGCAAAAGGAGCAACAUGCAACUAUAAUACCAAGCUGAAUGAGAAGAUGCAUGGCUCAUUAAAGGACUCAUAUUUGCUGUGCACGAACUUUCGUGAUGUAGCAGAACAGAUCCUCUGUAUCAAUAUGUGGCAGGUGGCUGCAGAUCAUAUAUGCCACCACUUAUUUGAAUUCGACGAUCAUCAAUGCCAAUUGGAUGAAGAAGACUUCCUUGCCACUGUCGUUGAGCGCCCUGUCUCGAUGAGUAACUCCUUUCACGUGAAACUCGGAUCGAAGCAACCUCUGCUGACCUUUGAUGCAAUUCAGAUGGCUCAUCAAGCAGACCAAGCCUUCAUUAAUUUCUGUGUCAAGCUCAAUGAUUUUCUCAAUGUUCUUUUACCCUCAUUGAGCAUUCCGUUGCCUGAAGGCAAAUGUAUUCAUCUCCAAGGAACUGAUGAGAUUACAGAGCACCACUUUAUUCGCAUCAACUAUGAAUCAAUGGUCGAUUGGCGUCAAAAUACAGACUAUCUUUGUUCCAACCCUCAUUUCUUCGGUUCACCAUGCUUCAACUGCGUCUUCAUUCGGUUGACUGAGAAUAAAGUCAUUUUUGGCUGGCUGGUCUUCUGUUUCGAAUGUCUGGUUGGGAAUAACACAUUUCCCCUAGCCCUUGUUCACCCUUUUGAUGACAAGGAUCUCAACCUUUACAGAGUUCACACAAGACCACAAGCACAGGCACAGUUUUUUCCUGUUAGAUCAUUCAUACACGGGGCCCUUCUGAUAGCAGAUGGACCUUCUGAUUAUCUCAUAGUUGAUACUGCAGAUACUGACAUGUUUCUUCACAUAAAGAUGAUGCAUCUGGAGGCAGGGCACAUCGUGUGCAUUUGA